AUGAAGGCAGCAGUAGCAUCGCUAUCCCUGCUGGCGCUGCUGGGUGCCGCCAGUGCUGGGCCCUCGAAGCGCCGCCACGCCCAUCUUCACGAGAGGGACGCUGUCACGGCCAGUGCCGACAUGAUCACCAUCGUUGAUCCUGCUGUCGCCGCCCCGACCCAGGCCUCGCGGGUCCUCGUCUACAUCAACAAGGACGGCCAGCCGUGCUCGACCGUCACCAAACUCGUCGCCCUUGUGCCGCCGCCCACCCAGGCCGCCGUGGCAGUCGGUGCCACGGUCACCGUCAUCGGUGCUCCCGCGAUCUAUGCCUCUGUACAGGUCGUUGGGCCCGUCGGAGCCGUCCCCACGCCUGCUGCCGGCGCCCAGCAGGCGGCUCCGCCCUCGUCCGGUUCUGGAGCCGGCGCCAGUGGCGGCGCUUCCCCUGCCCCUGCCCCUGCCCCUGCCGUGCCGUCAAACUCGACCUUUGGCAACCUUCACGGUGUUGCCUACUCGCCUUACAACGGCGACGGCACCUGCAAGUCGGCCGCGCAGGUGCUCAGCGACUUCCAGAGCUUCGCGGGCGUCUACUCGACCAUCCGCCUCUACGGCGUCGACUGCAACCAGGUGGCCAACUGUGUCGCUGCCGCCAAGGCCGUCGGCGUCAAGCUCUUCCUCGGCAUCUUCCACCUCACGGACCUCGCCUCCCAGGUCAGCACCAUUACCAGCGGCGUCAGCAGCGACUGGUCCUGUGUCGAUACCGUGAGCGUCGGCAACGAGCUCAUCAACAGCGGCCAGGCCAGCGUCGAGCAGGUCCUUGCCGCCAUCGAGACAGUCCGCGGCCAGCUCCGGGCCGUAGGAUACACCGGGCCCGUCGUCACCGUCGACACGUUCAUGGCCGCGCUGAGCCACCCCAGCCUGUGCGACAAGUCGGACUACUGCGCCCUCAACAUGCAUCCCUUCUUUGACGGCACCAUUACCGCAGCCCAGGCCGGCGACUUUAUCACGAGACAGAUCGCCAACGUCCGCAGCAAGCUCACCGACCAGUCCAAGCGCAUCGUCAUCACCGAGACUGGCUGGCCGUGGCAGGGCUCGAGCAACCGCGUUGCCGUGCCCAGCCUGGCGAACCAGAAGAUCGCGCUCGACUGCAUCACUGGGGCCUUUGCCGCCAACCCGGCCGAUCUCAUCCUCUUCACUGCCUACAACGACCCGUGGAAGAAGGUCGAGCAGGCCACCUUCAAUGCAGAACCCUACUGGGGCAUCAACGGCGCCAACGCUCCCUCGUCCUGA